CUGUCGCGGGGACCGGAGGCGGCGGCGGGCACUGCGGUGCGGAGGCGCGGCGGCAGGACCGGAGCCCAGCGAGCUGCAGCCAGCUAGGUCUUGGCUCUGCUAACCGGGAUCACCCUGUGGUUUCGAGCUUCGACCUCAGCAGCACCAGGAAAUGCAGCUCAGCGGCUUGUAAAGGAAAGCAUAUGGACAGGUCUGCGUCAUGGCAUUUAGGCCUUGAAUAAAAUUCGAGAAUGCUUGUUCCAUUACGAAAAACAGAAGUGCAGAAACCACAGAGGUGCUGAGAGAUGGCACUUGUGGGGCUCAUCUCUGCCUGAAAAUUGGGUGCUCCAGGCACUGGAAGAGCCAGCUCAGAUCCUGGGCUCCUCGCUUGAACAAGCCUUCUCUUCCAGCCACUCUAGUCCAGCAGCCAACCUGCUCAUUUUCUCUUAAUGAUGGGUAUUGGUAAGAACACUACGUCCAAAUCCAUGGAGGCUGGAAGUUCAACUGAAGGCAAAUAUGAAGAUGAAGCGAAGCACCCCGCUUUCUUUACUCUUCCGGUGGUGAUAAAUGGAGGCGCCACGUCCAGCGGGGAACAGGACAACGAAGACACCGAGCUCAUGGCCAUCUACACGACAGAAAACGGCAUCGCAGAAAAGAGCUCUCUCGCCGAGACCUUGGAUAGCACUGGCAGUCUAGACCCCCAGAGAUCGGACAUGAUUUACACCAUCGAAGACGUCCCCCCCUGGUACCUGUGCAUAUUUCUGGGGUUGCAGCACUACCUGACCUGUUUCAGUGGCACCAUCGCUGUGCCCUUCCUGCUGGCCGAUGCCAUGUGCGUGGGGUACGACCAGUGGGCCACCAGCCAGCUCAUCGGGACCAUUUUCUUCUGCGUGGGAAUCACGACUUUGCUGCAGACAACGUUUGGAUGCAGGUUACCCCUGUUUCAGGCCAGUGCUUUUGCAUUUCUGGCCCCUGCUCGAGCCAUCCUGUCUUUAGAUAAAUGGAAAUGUAACACCACAGAUGUUUCAGUGUCCAAUGGAACAACAGAGCUGUUACACACAGAGCACAUCUGGUAUCCCCGGAUACGUGAGAUCCAGGGCGCCAUCAUCAUGUCUUCGCUGAUAGAAGUGGUCAUCGGCCUUCUAGGCCUGCCCGGGGCUCUGCUGAAGUACAUCGGGCCCCUGACCAUCACGCCCACGGUGGCCCUCAUCGGGCUGUCUGGGUUCCAGGCGGCGGGAGAGAGAGCGGGGAAGCACUGGGGCAUCGCCAUGCUGACAAUUUUCCUAGUAUUACUGUUUUCACAAUAUGCCAGGAAUGUGAAGUUUCCUCUCCCAAUUUACAAAUCCAAGAAAGGAUGGACUGCAUACAAGUUACAGCUUUUCAAAAUGUUCCCUAUCAUCCUGGCCAUCCUCGUGUCCUGGCUGCUGUGCUUCAUCUUCACGGUGACAGAUGUCUUCCCUCCCGACAGCACCAAGUAUGGCUUCUACGCUCGAACAGAUGCCAGGCAGGGCGUGCUUCUGGUAGCCCCGUGGUUUAAGGUCCCAUACCCAUUUCAGUGGGGACUGCCCACCGUCUCCGCAGCUGGAGUCAUCGGCAUGCUCAGCGCCGUCGUUGCCAGUAUCAUCGAGUCUAUUGGGGACUAUUACGCCUGUGCAAGGCUGUCCUGUGCCCCGCCGCCUCCCAUCCAUGCGAUAAACAGGGGGAUUUUCGUGGAGGGUCUCUCCUGUGUUCUCGAUGGCAUAUUUGGUACUGGGAAUGGCUCUACUUCAUCCAGUCCCAACAUUGGAGUUUUGGGAAUUACUAAGGUCGGCAGUCGGCGGGUGAUCCAGUACGGUGCGGCCCUUAUGCUGGCUCUCGGCAUGAUCGGGAAGUUCAGCGCCCUGUUCGCCUCCCUCCCGGAUCCGGUGCUUGGCGCCCUCUUCUGUACUCUCUUUGGAAUGAUCACGGCUGUUGGGCUCUCCAACCUCCAGUUCAUCGACUUAAAUUCUUCCCGGAACCUCUUUGUGCUGGGAUUUUCCAUCUUCUUUGGGCUCGUCCUUCCAAGUUACCUCAGGCAGAACCCUCUCGUCACAGGAAUAACAGGGAUCGAUCAGGUGUUGAACGUUCUUCUCACAACUGCUAUGUUUGUAGGAGGCUGUGUGGCUUUCAUUUUGGAUAACACCAUCCCAGGCACUCCAGAGGAGAGAGGAAUCCGGAAGUGGAAGAAGGGCGUGGGCAAAGGGAGCAAGUCACUUGAUGGCAUGGAAUCCUAUGAUCUGCCGUUCGGCAUGAACAUUAUCAAAAAAUACAGAUGCUUCAGCUACUUACCCAUCAGCCCAACCUUUGUGGGCUACACGUGGAAAGGCCUCGGGAAGAGUGCCACCAGCCGGAGUUCAGACGAGGACUCUCAGGCCACAGUAUAGCUGUAGCUCACCCUGUGGCCCGGCCGCAGUGAGGCAUGAAUCUGUAGUUCCUUGCUGAGUAACAAGCAGUAACCUAUAUGUUUGUAUAUCUGCAUUUACAUUCUGCACCCAGAGCUAAGACGAUUACAAAUAGCUUUUUUGUUGUGGGUGGUGAUCGUGUCUAA